AACCAGUAUACAUCAAGUAUCAACAUCAGUCACAGUUGUCACUGCUCCGCGAGUGGUGGUGUCGCACGCGCUCCCUUCAUGCGUUCCAACAAUUCGGGGAAGGUCGAGUAUACAACACAUCACCAGAAUGUGACAAAACAACCGCGCGCCGCACUCUAGCUAAUAACUUCCCUUCGUCUUCCCUAGUAACUAAAGUCAACACACUUUUUUUAUUACUUUCUAAAACGUAUUUAAUUUUCCGUGUGUUUCGUUUCAAGCUCGCGCCAACAAAACGUGUGUGUUGUGUAUAAAUAAAUAUUAAUAUAGUGUUGUUAAGUUAAAUACGACAUGACUGUAUCAUAUGCCGGCGAGGUACCAAACGGCAGCAGUUUCGGAUGUUUCUGGAGGAUCCUUUGCAAAUGGCGCGGCAGUGUUUACAAGCUCGUCUGGAGAGAACUGCUGGCGUACCUCACUCUGUAUUACACUAUCAACUUGCUGUAUCGGUUCGCACUCACAGAGUCACAACAGAGGAUAUUCGAGAAAGUCCGGCAGUACUUCGGCGCGCAGAGCGAGUCAAUACCCAUGUCUUUCGUGCUGGGCUUCUACGUGAGUCUCAUCGUGAAGCGGUGGUGGGAGCAGUACAAGCUACUGCCGUGGCCCGACACGCUGGCGCUCUUCAUAUCAGCUGGCAUCCCCGGAGCGGAUGAAACCGGCCGACUGAUGAGGAGGAACAUCGUCCGGUAUGCCAUCUUAGCGUACGUCAUCACUCUGCAGAGGGUGUCGCUCAGGGUGAAGCGGCGGUUUCCCACGUGGCAGCACGUCGUGGACUCCGGUCUCAUGUUAGAAAGUGAAAGAAAGGUGUUCGAAAAAAUGGACGGAAAGAGUCCCAUGUCCAAAUACUGGAUGCCCUUAGUGUGGGCAACUAAUAUUAUAAAUAGAGCAAGAAAAGAGGGGCUUAUCACAAGUGAUCACAUAGUCCAAACGUUGUUGGUGGAGCUGUCAGACAUCCGGAGGAGGCUCGGAGCCUUAAUCGGGUACGAUACGGUGUGCGUGCCACUUGUUUAUACACAGGUGGUGACGCUGGCGCUGUACACGUACUUCGUGGCAGCGCUGAUGGGCAGGCAGCUGGUGCCACCGGCGCAAGGGAGCACCUCGCAGUACCACCCGGACGUGUAUUUCCCGCUCUUCACGGCGCUACAGUUUUGUUUCUACGUGGGGUGGCUUAAAGUGGCCGAGGUCCUCAUAAACCCGUUUGGCGAAGACGACGACGAUAUUGAACUCAAUUGGUUGAUAGACAGACACAUAAAGGCAGCCUACAUGAUAGUGGACGAAAUGCAUGAAGAGCACCCGGAACUGUUGAAGGACCAAUACUGGGAGGAGGUGGUUCCCAAGGACCUGCCGUACACGGUGGCUUCCGAACACUAUCGCCGCCACGAGCCGCCCUGCUCCGCGGACCACUAUAAGGUGAAGGCUGAAGACGCCGUGUACGCCAACGUGCAAGCCCCAAGAAAAAGCCACGAUGAGACGUACGCUGAUUACGAAAGUGUGGACACACCGUUAGUGGAACGACGGAAGAACUGGUUCCAGCGUCAGAUCUCCCGCAUGGGGUCGGUGCGGUCCGCGUCCACGGCGUACUCGUCGGGCGGGCUGUUCGGUCGCAACCGGCACAACUCCGUGGUGUACUCCAGCCCCGAGGCCGGCCAGCCCGCACCCGCGCCGCCUCACAAGAUGUCGCUCUACGAGAGGCUCGUCGGAAGGAAGAGCGGCCGCGGACACCAUCGACAGAACUCUAGACACGGUGGACAGAAAAGCAACGGUACAGCGGUGCCGAUCACGCUCCGCAACCGGCCGCGAAUCCCCACUCCAGACGUGACCAAGGAGAUCAUCGACCGCGAGAACCGUCUCGCUAUGGGCAUGCAGAACAUGGGUGUCAUCAUGGCCCACCAGGGCUACCAGAACGAGGUGCCCGUUCUCGGUGCUUUAGUGCUGUCUCCUAUACAAGAGCUGGACAGCGGCUCGGUUAAUAACACGUUACACGCAGGCCAGCCGGGGACUACAGCUUUAGCACAGGCAGUUUUAUCUCCGUCGGGCCUAGCGCCGAUGUUGACCGCGGGGCCGGUCGCCCUGUCUUCUAUGGGAGUGACACAACUUUCACUAGUGGGUUCGACCCCGUCGACGCCUAGAACCGAGCGUAUAACGGGCUCAGCGGGAUCCGGCGCGACGCCGCCGCCGCCGCGAGCCACAGUCACGGAACUGCCCGGAUCGGACCGCGACAGCGAACACAGCGCGGCCAGCACCGGCACGCCGCCCGAAUUCACCAGAAAAUCAAACUCGAAACGGGGAGAAGUCUACGUUUAAUAAAUUGAAGUACACCAUGAGAUAUCACUCAAAUCAGGUUUAAUGAUCGGUUUUACUUUAGGCGGGUAACACACGGCUCUGGUCGAGCAGCUUUUUACUACAAUGUACGAAGUAGGUAAACCGCGUGGUAAGCACACGACGCCCCGCAAUUUACAUGGUGCCGUGCGGAAACUCCGUGCUGUGUGUUAUACUCCUGAGUGUGUCAACACUGAAUCUCAACAACAAUCCAAAUACCUAAGGGGCUACGCAGCUAUUUCUGAAGCUAGCUUUUUGAAGCCCCAGUGAAAUUAGCUGCUCAGCCGUGCAAGCUCGCAUACAUAUCUAAUAGUUCGUUAACUAACAGACGAACAUUCCUUGACACUUGGUUGAGUUUACACCAGGACUGACAGACCAUACAAGCAUAAGCCAUACGCUCCACAGCAUAAAACUAGUGUAAAGGUCGUUGAUCCAGCUCGUUGCUAAGGUCAUUCAUUGGUGCCAAAAAUUGGUGGCCAUUUUAACUUCAGGCCAUAGUGAAUAAAUUGAACACGUCUGGAACGUGUGGUUUUUAUUUACUUAUAAAAUAUUAAAUAAUAUAAAUAGGCUACUACUUAUGUAACUGACCAAACAAGCCGUGCCUAAAAAUGUAAACUAUUAAAAAUAAAAUACAUGUAACGAAGUCAGUAAUAGGCAUAAUGCUCACUUCAUCUCUUAUGCGAUUGCUAGCGUCAAGUUUCAUAACUUGCUUAGAUCCUUUCAAAUACUGUGUUUUAAUGUUCGUCAAACAUAGCAUCUAUAUAACUUGGACUACUAUGUCAAACUUUUUUUUUUACAGUCGUUAUAGACACCACAGUAAAAAACGCUUACGAAGAUAAUCUAAGUAUGAAACUUCUGCUUAAGCUGGUCCGAUGUCGAUAAAUGCGGUGUCUACCUAAAUUUGUACUCUAUCUAAAUAUAAAAAGGACGAUCCUUUUCGAUUAUCUUUGAUUCAAGGUUGUACUUAGCUAGUGUGGGUAGCCCUAUUUAUCCGUUUUUAGGGUGCGUUCAGAUCUGACGAAUUCGCGAAUCGCUCUCGCGUUUUUAAUUAUAAUCCACGCUAGCAGUUUGUUUAACACUCACUAGCGCAAAUGACACAGUAUUUUCACCUGUUUCUUAAAACUACUUAAAAAAUUGCUGAAUAACAAUGAGAGACAGAACGUUCAGUCACUUAACUUUCAUGUGUGUGUGUGUGUAACGAGGAUAUAACCAAACUGAGUAGCCAUUAACAGGCGUUCCCCUGUCGAAAAUAGUCGGCCAAUGGUCAUACACAUUGUAUGGACUGACGUUUAUCUGACAUGGCUAUUUUGACGUUACGUAUACAUUUGACGUGCCCCUCUCCCGCGAAAAAUCGGCAGACUGUUUUGUACAGAAAAUUACAGACAUCGCGUCUCCGUUUGCUUACUUAUAUCCUCCAAGGUGUGUAAUGGUCAAUAAUCAUGGGUUCAAACCUCAGUGUGCCUGAUGGAGCAGAUAAAAACAUUCUCGGUGCCAAAAUAAAAUUACUAAUAAUUAGGUCUGGAUCCUUAUCGCGCACAGACAAGAGGUUAAUCGACUUUGAGUCAAAUGGUAUUUCAAUGUGACACUCUUUACAGGGCAAUAUACUUUUUUUUUAAAUAUGUAUACUACUUUUGCGUUGAACACCACAAUAUUGAACUGUAGUUUAUCAUGACAGGUCUUACUGGGUAAUAAGUUAGGUAGUUUCUACGGAUUGUGUCCUUUUUGCUAAACUGUGUCUCAUCGCCAUUUUCAGAUCGUUGCAUACGCAACGUUACGUAAUUAUCGUCGUCAGUGACGGGAACGGGUAAUGUUUGGAGGGGGCGGAAGUGCGUAUUCGUAUAAGACGUCGCAUGCAAUAAGUGCAUAAGUGCGACAUAAUAUAUAGAUUAUACGACUCAAAACACGUUGCGUAUGCACGCCCUUAAGAACACACGCAUUGCAUUGUUGUGUGGAAAUAAGUACCUAAUAAGUUGUACCUAAUUGAUGAUGAUUAAAGCACGUUGUUUUUACGUACACAUGGUGUUUUUGCCUAUUAAAAAUGUAAGUAAAGGCCGGACGAUAGACGGACUGCAGCUGCAACCCGGCUGCAAGUUAUAUGGAAACUGUGCAGUCGGCGUGCAGGCAGCGUACAGUUCCCAUAUAAAUUAGCUCCAAGUGGAGAUCCGUCUGUAACGGCCCUAAAAUAAGCCAGCGUUUAACAUGCGACUUGACCAUCAUCAAUAUGAGAGACGUUUUUAUGUAUAUGUCGCAGGCAUUUUGUAAGAAUCCGCCGUUUACGAACGGGGCCAUCAUUUUAUAAACGCGAAGCGGUUUGCAAUUUUUAAAAAGUCGGCAUUAUUUUAUUUAUUUAUUUAUUUAAUCUUUAUUGCACAAAAGAAAAUACAAUCGUACAAAAGGCGGACUUAAUGCUAUGAGGCAUUCUCUACCAGUCAACCUUCGGGCAAAGCAGAUAAUUUGUAGGCGGUGCAACAUAGUGAUUACAUAUAUACAAGUAUAGUUAAAUAAUGGAUAGGCAUAGACAUACAUACAUAUAUCUGUAUAUAUAAUAUUCAUAUAAAUACAUACAAUAUACAUACAUACAAAUACAUAAGAUAUCAGAUGAAACUUUCAAAACAGAAACACUAAGAAUUCAUCGUUCUGCCAGCAAAGUACUCACGUAAGGAUUUUUUAAAUGCAAAUCUAUUCGGACACUGUCUAAUUUUAACAGGGAGACUAUUCCAAAGGCGAGCUGCCUGAAUAGAGAAAGAAUAGGACAUGAAACCUGUUCGGUGAGAUGGUAUGGACAAAGAAAGGUUGCCAGUAGAGCGAAGUUGACGGACACGAGAAACACCAUAGUAGUUGAAGAAAGAUUUGAGAUAUUCGGGAUCAUUAAUAACAGAGAAGAGGGUGCAAAGCAUGCGAAUAUUUCGACGAACACGUAUAGGAAACCAGCCGAGUUUAGAGCGGAAAGAGGAGACAUGGUCGUAUUUACGAAGACAGAAAAUGAAACGAAUGCAGUUAUUUAGUAAACGAUCUAACUUGUUCAAGAGCUCUUCAUUUAAGUCUGGAUAACACACAUCACCGUAGUCAAUUAUGGGUAGGAUUAAUGUCUGUGCUAAUAAUAUUUUUGUUUUAACGGGUAAAAAGUGUUUAAGUCUGUUAAGGGCAUGUAGAGAUGCAUGUAGAGAGAGAGAGAUAGAUUAUGUGAAAUACCUUAUGGCAUUAACGGCGCUGUUUGCAUUUUGCCACGGCAUUUUGGUCCAAUUAGUUCUUUAAUUUACCACGCGUGGCGCUGCACAUCAAAACUAUGAAAAACGCUGAGGUGUCCAUCAAAUCUGGAGUUCGUCGGACUGUUUUUUUUUUUAGAAAACAUUUCCUUCUUAACCUAUUUCGGGGCGGUUUGCCCUUCGGGCAUUUGAAGCUACCUAACGAACCUAACCUACCUACCUAUUGAUUUAGUGUGAUGUCCGUUUUUUUUUAAGCCAUGGUCACCCUAACGAAACCCAACGUUUGACGUUGACGCUAUUAAGCGCACUGACAAAUGUAUUUCAUAGAAAAUGCCCCAAAUUGCCUUACCGCUUCGCGAUUAUAAAGUGACGGCGUCGUUUGUAAACGGCGGAUUCUCAAAAUGCCUGCGACAUAUAUACUUACAUUUUAUCGAAUAUAAAUGUUGGUAGGAGAGAUCGAGGCUUGUGAAAAUCCGUCCUUAGUGAAGUAUGUGAUCUUAGUUAAUUUAGCCUAAGAUGCGGAUUGACAAUAAAGUACUUUGGUAGCGCAUAGCGAAAUAACCAUUGUAAUUAUAAUGAAUUUUAUAAAUUACGCACAAACAGGGAUUUAAUUGUAUAGUUGAAUUGUAUACAUAUAUAUUUUUUAUUUUA